AGGGCCAGUGUUUCCAUCUGUCGCUGGAGGACUUCUCCAGGACCAGCUGUAGGACUUGCGAGACAUUCCGGGAUCUACCAGGCCGGAUUCUGAGAGGACAUCCAUUUAAGCCUCUGAUUCUCGAAAGAAAUGGCCUGCUACCAGUUGCUUCGCAAAACACAUCACAACAAAAUGGAAGGAGUUCCGAAGGGUGGAGAAGAUGCUGUCAGCCCAGGUGAAGGAGAAUGGAGCUUAACUCCAGCGUCGCCCUCCCUGAGGAUCAUCCUGGUGGGCAGAUCGGGCAGUGGGAAAAGUGCCACAGGCAACAGCAUCCUCUGCCAGCCAGCCUUCCAGUCCAGGCUGGGGGCGCGGUCCGUGACCCAGACAUGCCAGGCGGCCACCGGCACGUGGAACGGGAGGAGCGUCCUGGUGGUCGACACCGCCCCCAUCUUUGACACAGAGGCCCACAACCAAGAGACCUACAAGGACAUCGGGGACUGCUACCUGCUCUCCGCCCCAGGGCCCCACGUGCUGCUGCUGGUCACGCAGCUGGGGCGCUUCACCGCGCAGGACACGGCGGCGGUGAGGAGGGUGAAGGAGGUCUUCGGGGCGGACGCCAUGAGACACGUGGUCCUCCUCUUCACCCGCAGAGAGGACCUGGGGGGCGAAUCCCUGCGCGAGUUCGUCACCAAAACCGACAACCGCAGCCUGCGGAGCCUGGUGCGCGAGUGUGAGGGCAGGUACUGCGCCUUCGACAACCGGGCCGCGGGGCCGGGGCAGCGGGAGCAGCUGGAGGAGCUGAUGGCCGUGGUCGAGAGGCUGGACAGGGAGCGCCCGGGCGCCUUCCUCAGGAACGACCUCUUCUUUGAGGCGCAGAGGCUGCAGAGGGACGGGGGCGGCGCCGGCGGAGGAGCCCGCGGGAGCUACCUGGCCCAGGUGCGAGCGCAGGUGGAGAAGCACAAGCGAGACCUGGAGGAGAGCGAGAGAUGCUGCGCGCCCAGGGCGCUCCUCGGGGCCAAAAAGUGGAUCCUUCUGCAUAUGGAGCUUUGUAUCUGUCUGGUUUGGUGCAGCUUACUUAUCCUUCUCAUUCUACUGACCAUCUGGUACCAUGUUUAAUUCUGUCCGUAGUCGAAGCAUUUC